AUGACAGAGAGCAUGCUGCCUGCGUCGCUGUUUGCAGAACCGGAGAGCUUCCGUCCGGAGCAGCCCCAGGGCACGCUCGCCGAGUACUUCACGCAGACCACAGACACGGGGCUGCAGAUCAACCUCGUCGGGUCGUCGCCGUUGUACGGCCACAUCUUGACGCACGCGUGCCUCUACCUGGCCCGGUACCUGGAGAAACACGCAGACACGCUGGUGCGCAACAAGACGGUGCUCGAGGUGGGCUCCGGCGGAGCCCUCCCGUCGAUUCUCUCGGCGCACUUGGGCGCCCGGUUCGUGGUGUCCACAGACUACCCGGACGCAGACCUGAUCGGCAACAUCCGCAAGAACAUCGCCGAAAACAAGGUCGGCGCCAACUGCGCCGCCCUCGGGUACAUCUGGGGCAACGACACCGCGGACAUCGAGGCCACGCUCCGCCAGCACACGGCGGGCGAGUGCUCCACCUUCGACGUCAUCAUCCUCAGCGACGUGAUCUUCAACCACAGCGAGCACCGCAAGCUCCUCCACUCCUGCCGCAGCCUGCUCACCCCGGGCACGGGCAAGGUGCUCGUCACCUUCUCGCCCCACCGGCCCAAGCUCUUCCACAAGGACCUCGAAUUCUUCGACCUCGCCCAGCAGGCGCCCUUCCGCUUCGCCUCCCGCUUCGUCGAGAUGGAGCACUGGUCCCCGCUCUUCAAGGACGACACCGACGAGUCCACCGUCGAGCUCCGAAGCAGGGUCUACUUCUACAUGCUCGAGUGA